AAAUGGUCUGGAGUGACUUACAGUGGAAGUUGCAGUAAAAACAGGCAAGGGAGCACCAAGCAAAAUCUCUGCAGCACUAAACGUGUUUUUUUUGGUUUGCUGAGCCAUGUUUCUAUCGCUCUGGGUCCCACAGGAUGGUGUGUGGUUGUGACUUUUUCCAGCAGCAAUAAUGACCCCCUAAGCCAGUCCAGUGCCUGCCUUUGGCACCGCUCAGUGCAUUUAUGUUGGAAAGUGGGGGCUCCUGCCCAAAGGCUGCUUUCCCCCAAGAGCUCAGUGAGGCAGCCUCUGAUGGGGGAGAGGAGCCAGAGGGGUCAGAGAGCUGCUCAUGGCCCUGCAGCACGUGGGGCAGAGAGGCAGCACAAGUGUCCCCAGGCAGCCAGGACACUGAGCAAGGCUGCACAGAGCAGCCUGGGCUGAGCCAGGGCUCCGAGGGUGGGGGGCUGGCUCUGGCACUCCGAGGAUGAGCUGAUGAGAGGGGACAUGGGCUUUUCAGAUUUGAACUGGGAACCAAGUUGUCUCAAAGGAGACUUCACUAAGCUGCUCUACCACCGUGUGAGCUGGGAGUUAGGAGCAGGUUUGUCUCUCCAGGAAGGACUCACAACUGGUUUCGAGUCCAGUUGGAAACAUUUUCCAGUCUCUGGUGAAGUACAUCAGCCCAUCCACACAUUCCUCAGUGGACAGGACAUGAUGUGCCCACCCCAUGGAGCCAGCACAGCUGCCAGCCAGCUGCUCUGCCAGUGCACCCUGACCAGAGCAGAGCAAGGGUGGCACUCGCUGCUGGGUGACUUUGGCAGCAGAGAUGCUCAGCUCUUCCCCCCUGACCCGAGGUACCAAGCGUGGGCUUGCUUUGCCCUUGCAUUGCUCACCACCAGCUGUGAGAGCUGAGCAUUUAUCUCCCCCCUGUUAAUACACCCAUAAUUCACAGGCAGAAAACAUCUUUUAUUGCACUGGUGGCAUUUAAACCAAGGGACAUAUUGGUUUGUUGGGGUUUUUUUAAUAGUUUUUAGGCGGUCAGCACGUUUGCUCCAGCCUCUGCUCCACAUCUGUGAGUGCAGCCUUCUCCAUCCAGCUGAGAGGGAAUUAUGUGUGCAAGAGGAGUCAGGGCUGCCUUCCCAGCUCCUGGCUCACACUGCUAGCACUGCCGUGCCUGCUGCACCCCAGCUGCGUGCCCGAGGAUGCUGCACCUGAAAGUCCAGUUCCUGGAUGACUCCCAGAAGAUCUUUGUAGUUGAUCAAAAAUCCUGUGGGAAAGGGCUCUUCAACCUCACCUGCAGCCACCUCAACCUUGUGGAGAAGGAGUACUUUGGGCUGGAGUUUCACAGCCAGGCUGGGAACCAGGUCUGGUUGGAACCACUAAAACCCAUUACAAAGCAAGUGAAAAAUCCUAAGGAGGUUCUUUUCAAAUUUAUGGUGAAAUUUUUCCCAGUGGACCCCGGCCACCUGAGAGAAGAACUGACCAGGUACCUCUUCACCCUCCAGAUCAAGAAGGACCUGGCUCAGGGGCGGCUGCCCUGCAGCGACAAGAGCGCGGCGCUGCUCGUCUCCCACCUGCUGCAGUGUAAGGGCGAGCAGUGCCCGCAGGGCCGGAGCCUUCCCUGGGGAUGGGCUUUGGCUGAGAGCCAGGGCUCCCCUCUGCCUGACCCCUCACAGCCUAAUCCAUGCUCUCCCCGUGUCCCUAAAGCCGAGCUGGGCGACUUCCACGAGGAGACAGACCAGCAGCACCUGGCCACGCACAGGUACCUGCCCAACCAGGAGUACCUGGACAACAAGAUCAUGCACUACCACCGGAGACACAGAGGGAAGACGCCGGCUGAGUCGGACGUUCAGCUGCUGGACGUGGCCAGGAAGCUGGAGAUGUACGGGAUCCGCCCGCACCCCGCCAGCGACGGCGAGGGGACACAGAUCAACCUGGCCGUGACACACAUGGGCGUGCUGGUGCUGCGGGUGAGCCCGGGGUGGCCUCUCCAGCUGGAGGGCAAUACAAAGAUCAACACCUUCAACUGGUCCAAAAUUCGCAAACUGAGCUUCAAGAGGAAACAUUUUCUCAUCAAGCUCCAUGCAAACAUCUCUGAGCUGUGCAAGGACACCCUGGAGUUCACCAUGGCCAGCCGGGACACCUGCAAAGCCUUCUGGAAGACGUGUGUGGAGUACCACGCCUUCUUCAGGCUCUCUGAGGAGCCCAAGUCAAAGCCCAAAGCCCUUCUGUGCAGCAAAGGUUCCAGCUUCCGCUACAGUGGCAGGACUCAGAGGCAGCUGCUGGAGCACGGGAGGAAGGCUAAGAUGAAGAGCCUGCCCUUUGAGAGGAAACACUACACAUCCCGCUACGAUGAGAGGCAGUGCCGCUCCUCCCCGGACCUCCUGACGGAUGUAUCAAAGCAGGUGGAGGAGCUGCGCCUGGCCUACGGCAGCCGGGGCUCCUACCACGCCAACGGCGUGCACGGCUCCGAGCCCACCCUGGACAGCCGGCGCCGCAGCUCCACCAUGGAGGUGACGUUUGCUGCUGAGCUGGAACGCUCCAAGCCCGAAGCAUCCCCCACCUUCCUGCCCCACUCCAAAAGCUCGUCUGCCUUCCCCCUGCUGUACGCCGAGCUGGAGAUGGAGCGGGCGUGGGAGCUCAUGGACUUCUUUGGAGCCAGGAAUCCCUUGACGUCCUUUCGGCCCCACCACCAGUUCGCUGGGAACAGUAAAAGCACCUCUGUGGGCAACAUGCGGGAAGUGAGCGCCCGGCAGCUGGUGUACACGGAUGUGCCCUGUCCCCUGCCCGUGCUGGCCCCGGCCCCCCCGGUGCUCUUCUAUCUGGACAGGGCGCUGCAGCCCCCGUGCCCUGCACUGGCCCCUGGCGAGGACACAGCAGGAGCGGCCGGCGCAAGCGGCCCCGUGGCAGCAAAACCCCCCCGGCAGAGCCUGAGCGGGACCCAGGCUGGGCAGCUCCAUGGUGAGGCUGCAGGCACGGCCAUGGGCACGAGCAUGGCGGGGGAGAGCAGGUCACUGGCUCGCUCCUUCGAUUACGGCCUUCAGGAGCAGCCUCCCAAGCGGUCUUUGAGCCAGUCGGACAUGAAAACCAUCCGCUUCCCCUACAGCUCCGAGUUCAGGCCCCUGGGGCCGUGCCCUGCUCUCAGCAGCCGGAAAGGCGGUGUUUUUUGGCACGUCCCAGCCCAGCAAGGGUUGGCUCCGGGGCUGCGGCGCUCCACCGAGCGCUACCUGGGCAGCAGCACCGAGUCCAGCGACUCCGACUCGGACCUGCUGGCCGCCGACUACUGCUCCCUGUACGGCCGCGUGCUGCGCUCGCCCAUGGCCCGCGUGCGGCUCUCCUCGGGCAGCCUCCAGCUGGAUGAGGAGGACGAGGAGGUGUCCCUUGCCACCAGUGCUGCUGAAGAGAGGAUUUCCAGAGGGGCCUCCAAGUAUUUCACCUAGGUGCCUGACACCGGCCAGAGGGAGCAGAGGUGGCCGGUGCUGACCCAGGGUCAGAGAAUGGUGACACUCUUCGUUUGCAGGUCUGCUUACAGCCUAUGAAACAUUGAUGGGAUCGUGUUGUGCGAGUGCUCUUAGCUAUAGAGAUGUGUUAAUGGACAUCAGGGGUGUGUUCAGAAGUAUUCAACCCCUGCACCACACUUGGAAGCUGGUUUGCCUCUGCCACCAUGCUUUGAGGGGGGGGGGUCUCAGUUCAGCCAGAGAUCUCCUCAAGUCCUGCUAAGCCCCCAUGUCCUGCCCAAGCUGAUGCUUGGAGCUCAGCUGCUGGAGUCUUCAUGAGGGGGAGGGAGAAAAGAAAAAGAGACUCCUCAGAGAAUAGUUUCAGCUGCUGUUUUCCCAGCUGCAGGGUGGCACACUGAAGGGAAGGGUGUUUCAGGCCCUUUUGGAAAGGAGCAAGAUCUUCAUGGGAGGCUGGUCCUUGAGCUGAUGCCACGUGGACAGGACAGAGCCCACCUCCUCCACUUGUCUCACCUCCCUCCAAUGCUGCAGGGAGAACCUGGCACGCAAAGACAAGGCUCUGUGUGUGGCUGUCUUCUCCCUGGCCAGUUUAGAGGAUUAUCCUGCUCCAGAAAUACCUCAGUAGUGCUUGUCAAGCUUUUAGAAGCCCCCUGUGGUGAGCACUGGGAAGUGGGUUCAUGCUCUCUAACUGUGCUUUGCUUAGGCACAUCAGCCAUCACCUCCUGGCAGCACCAUGACAGCCCCAGCACCUCAGUGCUCUGCUUAAAUCUGAGAGAGAGAGAUGUGUAAGGAGCUUCUUUGGGGUCCUUUGCUUCCCCAAAUCUGUCCUCAGUUAAGCAGCAUGGGAAAAAAAAAAGAUAUCAGGAGCAGGUAGGAAAGGAACAAGCAGCUUCUUGGAAGUAGUUUUAUUAAAAAACUUACUAUUACCCUAAACCUACAUGAAAUCUACUUGGAAAUCUUGAGAAUGAUGGCAUCUCCAUAAAAUUUUAGGGGGGAUAUUGAUAAUUUUCUUUAAGAACAACCCUGUAAGUCUUUGUAGGACAUGACUUUAAGCAGGAAGACAGCCCAGAAAAUCUAUGGCAGAGAAACCACUGCAGCCUGCUGGAAGGAUUUCAGAAACAUGGAAGCUGGGACAAAAAAAAAAAUAGACUAAAAUGUAGGAAGAACUGGGCUUAUGGGUCCUGCUCACUCUGCAUGUUGCUGUCCU